GGAGUUUCUCCAAACUCCAGACCUCCUAUCCUGCACUCAGCAACUCAAACCUCCCAGAACACCAUGACCUGUGGAUCAGGAUUCUAUGGCCGCGCCUUCAGCUGCGCCUCAGCCUGCGGGCCCCGGCCAGGCCGCUGCUGCAUCUCCGCUGCCCCCUACAGUGGUAUCUCCUGCUACAGAGGCCUCACCGGGGGAUUUGGAAGCCGCAGCAUCUGUGGGGGCUUCCGCUCCGGCUCCUGUGGCCGCACCUUUGGAUACCGCUCUGGGGGCGUGUGUGGACCCAGCCCUCCCUGCAUCACCUCCGUGUCAGUCAACGAGAGCCUCCUCACACCCCUCAACCUGGAGAUCGACCCCAACGCCCAGUGUGUGAAACAGGAGGAGAAGGAGCAGAUCAAGUGUCUCAACAGCAAGUUUGCGGCCUUCAUUGACAAGGUGCGCUUCCUGGAGCAGCAGAACAAGCUGCUGGAGACCAAGUGGCAGUUCUACCAGAACCGCCAGUGCUGUGAGAGCAACCUGGAGCCGCUGUUCAGUGGCUACAUCGAGACGCUGAGGCGGGAGGCCGAGUGUGUGGAGGCCGACAGCGGGAGGCUGGCUGCGGAGCUCAACCAUGUGCAGGAGGUGCUGGAGGGCUACAAGAAGAAGUACGAAGAGGAAGUUGCUCUGAGAGCAGCAGCUGAAAAUGAGUUUGUGAUUUUGAAGAAAGAUGUGGACUGUGCUUACCUGCGCAAGUCAGACCUGGAGGCCAACGUGGAGGCCCUGACCCAGGAGAUCGACUUCCUGCGGCGCCUGUAUGAGGAGGAGAUCCGUGUGCUCCAUGCCCACAUCUCAGACACCUCGGUUGUGGUCAAGAUGGACAACAGCCGGGACCUGAACAUGGACUGUGUCAUUGCUGAGAUCAAGGCUCAGUACGACGACAUUGCCAACCGCAGCCGGACUGAGGCUGAGAGCUGGUACCGCAGCAAGUGUGAGGAGAUGAAGGCCACAGUCAUCAGGCACGGGGAGACCCUGCGGCGCACCAAGGAGGAGAUCAAUGAGCUGAACCGCAUGAUCCAGAGGCUGACAGCCGAGGUGGAGAACGCCAAGUGCCAGAACACCAAGCUGGAGGCCGCGGUGACGCAGUCUGAGCAGCAGGGCGAGGCCGCCCUGGCCGAUGCCCGCUGCAAGCUGGCAGGGCUGGAGGAGGCCCUGCAGAAGGCCAAGCAGGACAUGGCCUGCCUGCUCAAGGAGUACCAGGAGGUGAUGAACUCCAAGCUGGGCCUGGACAUCGAGAUCGCCACCUACCGGCGCCUGCUGGAGGGCGAGGAGCAGAGGUUGUGUGAAGGUGUUGGCUCCGUGAAUGUCUGUGUCAGCAGUUCCCGGGGCGGAGUCGUCUGUGGCGACCUCUGCGUGUCUGGCUCCAGGCCUGUGACAGGUAGUGCCUGCAGCGCCCCCUGCAGUGAUAACCUGGCGGUGAGCACAGGCUUGUGCGCCCCCUGCGGCCCCUGCAAUUCCAUCACGUCUUCUGGCCUGGGCACUGGCGGUGUGGGCUCCUGUGGCAUCAGCUCCUGUGGCGUGGGCUCCUAUGUCAGCAGCGGCCGCAAAUGUUAGGCACCUGGACUGAAGCCAGAGUAUCUGGCCCAUCCUUUCUUGACCUGCUCUGCCAAGCGGAGCCCCGCCCCACCAUGGAGCGGAGCCAGCACUCUGUUACUUCUCUAGCACUUUGAAAGGUCUUUCCUACUCCUGGCCCCUGUGUGUGUGUAUGUGUAUAUGUGUGUUUAUGAUUCCCUCUUCUUUAUCUCUGUCACCAGUCCUCGGAAAGACCACCCCAGAUAAGUCACUUUGGUGCCAACAGGGAGGGGACACCGGGGCUAGGAGAACCAGGAUGAGGACCUACCCGAGGCUGCCACUGGACCGGUGGUCACAGCCCCCAAUCUUUCCUCUUCCUCUUCUACUGUGUUUAUCUCUGUCUUGACUUGUAUUUCCAAUAAAUCAGUAUAAACAAC